AGUUUAGUGGAUACACGUACGAAUGUAAUACAUACGAGAUCGCGUGUUAGUUUUCACAUAGACGUAGCAGUGGUCGAAGCGCAAGACGCUCCUAGGCUACAACUAUAUCGUUACCGUAUAGGUACUAUCGAAUUAAUUUUCGCGGCUCAUUUUAGUUGAUUUUCUUUCAAUACUUUUUUAUUUCAACGGUUUUAAAAUUGAUUUAAUCAAUGGUUUUAAAAUUCAUUCCAGUGCAUUUAUUAAUUUGGUUUACAUUUAAUUGCCAUGUACAGACAAAAUCAAGAGAAACUCAUUUUCCUGGUUAUCAUUUCUGUGGACCGGGAACGGAAUUUUUGGAACGGAUUGCUCGCGGUCAGCUUGGCAUCAAUAAGCUAGACGAAGCGUGCCGAUUACAUGAUUGGGUUUAUACAAACAGUACAGAUUUAAAACUGAGAAUGGAAGCCGACAAAAAAUUGGAAACACAGGCAUGGGAACGAGUGAUAGCAAAGGAUAGCAGCUACAAGGAGAAAUUCGCUGCAUGGAUGGUGACAAACGUCAUGAAAGUGAAACGAAAGUGGAAUAGUCGACGUCUGCAACGGGAAUUUGGUAAAAAACCUAGUGAACAAUUAUCUCCGACGAUCAAAAAACCUCGGAGUUCAACUGACGACCAUCACAAAACUUGGUUCCGGUUUUGAUUUGGAAAAGAAUUACAUCAAAAUUAAGACAAUUAUGUUUGCAUUAAAGUAAUACUUAUAAUAAGCAUUAUUAUCAAGAACAAAUUGGCAAACUAUAAUAUCGUUGAACCUUGAAAUUCAAUAGGUAAUGGAAUGAUGUUUAGCAACUACACGCUGUGAUAUUAUUUUUAAUUAAAUACAUCUUUUUUUAUUAUUAUUCUUUACGUAUUAUUAUUAGUUUAAAAGCAAAAUAUAAGUUUUGAAUAAGAUAACAAUAAAUCUAAAACGUUUGUUUCUGAUAUGUGUUAGACUUUGUACUAAUCUCGAAUAUUGCCUACAUAAUUAUAUGUAAUUCAAUAAUAUUUUUAACAUUCAUGCUUAUUUAUUAUAAUAUAUAAUAAUGUAUGUCUUUAUUAUAUUAUAUAUGUAAGUACCUAGUCAAUGUAAAUUGUUAAUAUAAUUGUUUUUUUUUUUUUUUAUGACAAAAUCUGUUUUUAGUUAUAUUUAUGGUAUUAUUAUAUAAAUUACGUAUAACAUAAUAUGUAUAAUUAUUUAUUAUAGUUGUUAUAUUUACUUAUAAGAUUUUUUUAAUAACAUUAUAUUGAUUUUUUUUGCAAAUUUUUUUAUUUAUUCUAUCUUGGAUGGUUUAUAACAAACUAUUUAAUUUUUUUAAUUUUAUUAUUUUCAUCAAAAUGCAAUGAUUAUUAUUGUAAUAAUAUUGUCUAUACGCUACGCCGUGAUACAUUACAUUAUUAAUAUUAUGAUUAAAAAAUAAGCUAGUUGGCAACUCAGGAAAUUGAGACCGGUUGUUGAGAACUUAUAUCAUCAUUCAUCACCUUGCUUCAAUCGCCUUGAUUUCAGAUAGUUGUAUAAUAGCUGUAAUAAAUUUGAAAUAAAUUAUAAACAAUUGAAGAAUACUGUAAAUAGAUCAUUUCACAAACAUAAAGAGUUUUAACUUUAAACAUGAAAUAUUAUAUAAUAUUAUAAUACGAAGUAUCUUUAAUAAAAUAUAAAUUUUACUCGGC